GGUGAAAGAUAAACCCACAGAAGCAUUUUUGGGAUUACAGCAGCCGCAGUAGAAGAAGAAGCAGCCGCAGAGGAAGAAGAAGUGGGAAGAAGAAGGGGGCUUCGCUUAGAAAAUAUCACAACAUUGCAGUCAGGUGCCUCACAGAGGGUCGUCCACAUCCGCCAGACUCCAGCUGCUCUGUUCGUGCGUGUGUGUGUGCGUUUAUAUGUGCGUGUCUGUUUGUGUGACAAGCGCAACUAAUGAGCAGCAACAAAUCGGAAACAGGAAGCAGCAGCAACAGCAGCAGCAGUAGCUUGGAAUGAAAGUAAAACUGCGUGGCCAUUAUUAUCAUUACUAAAUAAUCGUAACUGUGAUAGCACCAAAGAAAGCAGAAGCUCAAGCGGCAAGCGGCAAGGCUAAAGAUACACAACAAGCAGCAACAGAUACAUUUACAGAUACAGAUACAAAAGCUAAACAGUUGCUGCCGCGCGUAAUUACGUUUCAGUGAUUUUCAAACUAAUAAAUGUCGUACGCGCAAUCGCUGGCAGCAGCAGCAGCAACAACAACAACAACAGCAACAACAAUUUACUAAAGCCAAGCAGCCAACAAAACUCCGCACAAAAUGGCGCACAAAAUGAGGCAGACAACAGGAAAAGCGGCAACAACACAGACGACAGCAACACAGUGCUCCACAAAAGCAACACAAGUUGGCACGCAUUCAAGUUCAAGGCGGUCAUCGUUAAUCACAUGUUUUAUAUCCUGCCACACGUUCAGCUCGCUCUUGUUGCUGCUCGUGGUGCUUGCCACGGCGCAAGCGGCCAGCAAGUUGACCACUCGCAGCAACAGCAGCAGCAGCAGCAACAACAACAGCAGCAACAACACAACAGCAGCAGCAGCAGCAUCAGCAUCACAGGCGACGCCCGUUUGGGAUCAUGCCAUCGAUUUGAAUGAGGAUUUUCGCAUACUAUGGCAAAUCAUUAAUCAGGAUAUAACAUUUGAAAUACAAGCACGUACAUUAGGUUAUGUCGGCUUUGGAUUCUCGCCCGAUGGGAAUCUAGCUGGCGCGGAUAUGGCCAUCGGUUGGGUGGACAAGGGUCAAACAUAUUUUCAGGAUCGACACGUCACACGCAAUGGCGACACUGAGCCCGUCGUGGAUCCCUCCCAGGAUUACAUGCUGAUGCUGGGCUACGAGAAUGCCACCCACACCGUCCUACGCUUCCGCCGCAAGUUGGACACAUGCGAUGCCAGCCAUGACAUCGCCAUAACGAACGAUACAAUGCGCUUGCUGUACAUGUAUCACGCACAGGAUCCACCGCACGGCUCGGUGCGUCCCGGCACGCUGCCCGAUCCGGCGCGCGCCUUCCGACCUUAUCGGCCCAUGGUGCUCAUGCAGCGCGCCCAGCUGCAGUUGCCAUCGCCGCAUGAUGAGCGCGUCCGUGUGCUGGAGCUGCGCAAUGAGGACGUGGAGCUGCCUCCGGGCGAUACGCCGCUUUUUUGGUGCAAAAUGUUCAAGCUGGAGGAUAUCAAUCGAAAGCAUCAUCUCAUUCGGUACGAGCCGAUUUAUGAUUCAUCGUCCAGCGUACACUACUUGCAGCACAUAACGCUCCACGAGUGCCAAGGGUCGCACUCGGAGCUGGAGGAGCUGGCACGCGAACAGGGCAGACAGUGUAUGGGCGCCCGUUCCAUUCCGCUGGCAUGCAAUGCCAUUGUUGCCUCCUGGUCGCGGGGCAGCGAGGGCUUUACGUAUCCACAUGAAGCGGGCUACCCGAUUGAGUCGCGACAGGCCAAAUAUUAUUUAAUGGAGACCCAUUACAACAAUUUGAAGCCGGACUUUGCCCAAUUGCAUGCCAGACAAAUGGCGGAUAAUUCUGGUUUGAAAAUCUACUUUACGCACGUGCUGCGACCAAAUGACGCUGGCAUUUUGUCAAUCGGUAUGGAUCCCAACUGGCGCCACAUUAUACCGCCGGGACAGAAGCGCGUGAUAUCGGAGGGCCAAUGCAUUGAGGAUUGCACCGGCUAUGCCUUUCCCGCCCAGGGCAUCAACAUUUUUGCGGUCAUGAUGCGCACACAUCAAAUCGGCAAGGAGGUUAAGCUGCGUCAGAUACGACAAACCGAGGAGCUUCCGCCAAUUGCACACGACAGCAAUAUAGAUGUGGCCUAUCAGGACUUUCGACGUUUGCCACAGUCGGUGCAUUCCAUGCCCGGCGAUAGACUCAUCGCCGAAUGCAUUUAUGACAGUUCGUCACGAAAGGCAAUUACGCUGGGUGGCCUCACAAUGAAGGAAGAAAGCUGCACCGUGCUGACACUUUACUAUCCACGCCAAAAGAAACUGACAACGUGUCAUUCACUACCCAGCCUGCCCACAGUGCUGCAUUCCCUUGGCAUCGAACAACUUGCAACCGACUCGAAUCCCGUGCUGAUUUCAUCACCGCCCGAAUUGGCUGGCAUGACAUUGGAGGCACGUCUGAUAUCCUACGAUUGGGAAAAUCAAUUUGGCGAAUUUCAAGAGGCCACACGCAAGGGCAGCUUUAAGCCCAUCUGCUGGGGAGCCAAGAAUCAUGUGGUGCCGGGCUCCGAGUUUCUCGAAGGCUACAGCAUAAAUGUGACCAAGACCUACAAGAAGCACAAGCGCUGCAAGCCGAAGCGCCUCUUCGCGCCCAUCACGGAGCGCACCUCGCCUGCGGCGGAUCUCAGUGAGUUGCCGGUGCUCCAUGAGCUGGACAACAACAACAUCAUCGAGGGAGCCGCACGCAGCAGUCGCAGCUCGGCGACUGAUGUCCACGGGGGACUGAGCGGUGCCAACCGGAGCAAUUGUGGCCAGUUUACCAGCUGUCUGCUGUGGCUGGGCGCCGCAUCCUGGUGGCUGCUGCUGAUGCUAAGGACGUGAGGAGCAGACGCAUCCAAUGGCACAGCAGAGCGAAGCAGCAGCAGCAGCACAGGCACCACCGUCUAACUACACUAUAUACAUAAAUACUCAACAGAAAAGAAAAGAAAAGAAAAACAAAAGAAAAAUAUGCAACUACAACUCUUUAACUAUAAAUGACAGCUCUUAAUCCUACUACAAUACAAGUACAGACAACAACAUCAAGCAAAGCAAACACAAAUAAC